GAAUUCGGAAAAAAAAAUUCAGAAAUUUCAAGAAGUAAGAAAGAAAUGAAGAGACUGAUGAAAAUGAUAAAGCCAAAGCCUGGUCCGAAGCAACAGCUCCGAGAUUGGCAGAAGAAGCUACGACAUGAAUGCCUUAACAUCGAACGCCAAAUUCGAGAUAUAGAGAGAGAAGAAAGAAAAGUGCAGAAAGAUAUUAAAGGCUCGGCGAAGCGGAAUGAUAUGGUCACUGCGAAGGGACUUGCGAGGGACAUAGUGCGUUCUAGAAGAAUAGUAAAGCGGCUAUAUGAAAAUAAAGCUCAGCUGAGUUCGAUAUCAAUGCACCUUGCGGAGAGUGUUGGAACUGCAGUAACAGUUGGGAAUCUUUCGAAGAGCGCUGAGGUUAUGAAUCUUGUUAAUAAUCUAAUGAAAGUUCCGGAUAUGGCUCUGAAGAUGCAGGAAUUUAGCAAAGAGCUGACCAAGGCUGGGGUUAUUGAUGAGUUUGUGAGUGAUGCGGUGGACGAUGCCUUAGAUUAUGAGGAUGUGGAAGACGAGAUUGAGGAGGAGGUUGAAAAGGUCUUGACAGCCAUAGCAGGAGAGACUGCAGCACAGCUCCCAGAAGCAGUUAAGAAGGAAAAGAUAAAUGUACCAGCUCGAAAAACGAAAAUUUCACCUGAGGAAGAGUCAAUUGCACAAGGAGUUGGUAAUGAAGAAGAACUCGAGGAGAUUGGAGCUCGGUUCGCCAAACUUAGAUCUUAACUGAUACAUAUCAAGUGUGUAGUACUCUAGUGAGUUUUCUUAUAACCGUAGUUAGAAUUCUUGGUCGGUCUCUAAACUCGUACAAUGUGUUGAAACCAAGGGAAGAUACAAGCUUUUGGUCACUGAUAGUGCUACUUGUAUAGUUUGAAACAGCUUUUAGUGUUUGUUAGGUUUGGUUAUGUGUAUAGUUUUUGGAAUUGGAGAAGGAGAAACUGAUUCAGUUUUGGUUCAUCUUGAUUUGAAUUGGUCCGGUUCGAUAUAAUUUUGUUGAAAUGUGAUAUAUUUGGUUUGUGUUGA